AUGAACCUCAACGGCGAUGAAACUAUGCGGCAGGCCGUGGAUCGAUUUCGAACGCGCAUGGCAGCCGCUAACCGACAGUUCGUCCAGAACCGUAUCUCCGAGAUCGACGCCCGCGGCCUCACGGAUGAGAGGGACCGACUCCGCCUAAUGCAGCAGUGGCGCCAUUUUGAAGUCCUCGGCCGCGACGAUGAGGUUAGCUACGUGGACCUCGAUGCGCGUUAUAAGAGCAACAAGUUCCGGCAGACGCGGGAAUUAGCUGCCAUACCAGCGCUAUUGGAAGACGAUCCCCGUCCCCUCUUUGCCGUAGACGGGAUUUACCCGCCAUGCCUUUGUACGCCGGAAGCUCGCGAGAUCUUCCUCGACACCCUCGAAGAAGUCUUCCAACGGCAGGCGGAGGCGUGGAUGGCCGCUGAAGGCGCGGAUUUCGCUUCAAAGACGCCAAUCCCGCGUUGCGAAGAGCUCGGUUAUCUCGUGAAGUAUACGCAUGACGUGGAGGAUCUGGACUUUCGCCACUCAGGCAUCGCUCCCUUCACGGCCGGCCUCAAUUUGCUAAAAGCCCGAUUUGAACGCCCACCCUGUAUAGACACAGCGGAGCAGCGGGCCCAGUACCAUACGUCAGUGCGCAAGGAUUGUACGUGGCUACAGGAGUCGCUGGAGUCGGGCGAUGAUUCGGACCUGAUCAACAAGGUCAAUAUCGCCGCCGGACCGGAUCCGGAUCUCGAGGUACGUGCAGGGGUCAUAAUGGGCACCGGCUACGUGGGGGAUUAUCCGAGAUGGCACAGUGCGUACCUCUACUGCCGGAAGCGUCCCGAAGAGGAUGUAGACGUGAAGAAGUCAGCGGAUGAAGAUAUCCCAGACGCCCCUAAGAUCCGGGAGUGGGGUUGGCGCGUGGUUUUUCUGGAGCACGAGCCGGACAUCACCUUGGAUCAGCAGGUGCUCUACGGAAGGAGGCCGCGCUUUGACUCGAUUCCGGAGUUUUUAGACUGGUAUGCGAGCUGGCCGGAAUUCUUGGAUGACCGCGAGCUGCUCAGUCUGCGCCAUCAUGCGGAGGGAUGUGAGACCGAUUGCGAGUCUGAUUGUGAGGAUCACAAGUGA